AUGGGAAAUGCAUUCGCCAAUCUAUUCAAAGGGCUCUUUGGCAAGAAGCAAAUUAACGUAUUGAUGGUCGGCUUGGAUAACGCUGGUAAAACCACAAUUCUGUACAAACUUAAAUUAGGCGAAGUUAUAACAGGGAUACCUACAAUUGGUUUCAAUGUGGAGACUGUUGAAUACAAGAAUAUUACCUUUACAGUGUGGGAUGUGGGCGGCCAAGACAGAAUUCGUCCAUUGUGGAGACAAUACUUCCUACACAUGACACAAUUUAUCAUCUUCGUCGUUGACAGCAAUGACCGAGAGCGUAUUGAAGAGGCGAGAGAUGAAUUGAGGCGUAUGAUGGUGGAGGACGAGCUUCGAGUCUUGCUAAUAUUCGCCAACAAAGAGGAUCUGCCAAAUGCAAUGAGUGCAGCUGAAGUAGCCGACAAGCUUGGUUUGCACUCAUUGACCAACCGCAACUGUCACGUUCAAUCGACGUGUGCCACUAACGGCGAUGGGCUCUACGAGGGGCUCGAGUGGUUGUCUAAUCAAUUGAAGAACGCUAAUCGCUAAACAAACUAUAACUAUAACCACAACAUGAUAAAGACAUACUAGCAACUAAAACCUCCAGCAUACAGAUACACGACACAGGAAAACGAUUAUUGGUCAGCCAAGAAAUUUAAUCCUAUUUCCAUGGAAAGAAAAUAUGCUGCCUGCAACCCUAGAGAACCCGAGCAGUAGACGAGUACGUUGUAUGUGGGAACGUGAGGCCUGAGAAUGUAGUUUGAAGUAAAGACAUUAAGCCUUAUUGAAUAUAAUCAUAGAAUUGCAAUGAUAGAUGUCUCAAGCCAGACGUUCACGGAAGCUCCAGUUUUCACUUUCGCAAAGACAACGAUUUCAUUUUCAAAACGGACAGAAUUUCCUCGUCGAAAUGAAAAGUAAACCGCUUUUUAUACAGCAAACAUAUCUUAAUUGCAAAGGGAAAAAUAUAUGUAAAUUAUUGAUGUAUUAAAAUAUAUUUGACACCAUUA